AUGAGUUACGAGAAGGUGUCGUUGACCAACCAGCCGGGCCGCGGCGGCUGGGACGCGUACGAGUAUGAAGAAGUGGCGGGCGGCGAAAGCUGGCGCGGCGUCGCCCGCUCGCCGUCCCGCGAGUCCGUCACUACAGACUUAUCGCUGUUUAGCGUCUCCAGCGCGGCCAGCGACGCGAGGGCUCUCAGACUACUCGCCUGCAAGGCCGGCCAGGGUCCGGAUCCGAACCUGCGAGUGGCCAGUCCACAUCCCGAAAGCAAGUUACAAAAACGGCCGUCGUCAGGGCUGCCGCUGCAGACGGCGGACGCGUGCAAGUCGCUGCUGGCGGGCUGCGCGGCCCUGUGCGCCGCGCUGGGGCUGCGGCGCUCGCUCAGCGCCGACGACGUCACCGCCGACAAGCCGCGCCCGCCGCGCAGCGCGACAUCAGAAGUGGGACUGUGCGCGGCGCUGGAAGCCCUCACGCUGAGCUCUGCCUCCCGAUCCUGCAGCACGUGGGUCGCAGUGGGCGGGUCACAGCUGCCGUCUCCGCAGCGCGCGAGUGUCCAACCCGCACAGCGACUACUCUCCGAUAACAAAAAGAUACGUCAGAACUACAUAAAGCGACGGCUGCUCACCACCUACAAGGCCUUGGAAAGAAUGUCCCAGUCGGAGUUCAACUUGGAUAAACUGGAGGCCGCGGCGGUCGCGUCGGCGCUCUCCACCGGCGGCGCGGGGCCCACCGUGCUCGCCGUGCCACCUGCGCCACCCGCGCCACCCGUGCACGCCGGACCCACCGUGCACACACGCUUCGUCCAUCCAGAGGCAUGUGCCCUCGCGCUGACGGCGGCCGACCUGGAGCGCGAGCGUGGCCGCCCCCUCAGCAAGUACGAGAGGAAUAUGAUGAUCUUCAACUGGCUCCACACCCUCGACGACCAGGCACCUUUCUAGGCUAACUGGUAACUGAAAUACAGGGUCAUUUUUGGACCGUUAGCCAUAUUGUGCGAGGUGAUUAGGUACGCCAUACUGAACAACUUUUUCUAUGGGACCAACUUCGAAAUCACAAAUUUUUUUUGGCCGUUUCAUAGAUUUUGGUCGAGUGGAUGUCGACG